AUGGCCUCUCCAAGUCCCGCCCCUCCCAGGGCUGUCGUUCACGCUCUCCGUGGUGUCCUCCUAACCACGUCCUUUUCGGUCAUUCUUCUGGCUGAAGAACGACGACGACGCCUCAAUAUUGCCCGGGCUGCUCUCGACAAUGCCAAGAAACUUCACACUGCGCGAGUGAACCGCAACUCGACUGCGUUGGCGGAAAGCUACAGCAGUAGACGAGAAUUUCCGAUUGAGAUUGCCCACGAUUUCUCCCACGCCCCCACCAACAAUCCUCUACGCCGCCGUCGACAGCGAAUUGAUUCAUUAGAGAAUGAAUUAUCGCGACCGAAAGAGAUUAUAUCGAUAGAGAACUUUGAGACGACAUUACCGGGGGAUGGCGACUCAAACACAUCUCAAACAAGCCAGAGAAGAUGGGACGAGUGGGAUACGGCUCGAAGGGAAUUAUCACGAAUAUCAGAGACCAGUCCGUUUACGCAAAGUAGCCAUCAUAUCAGACUUUCCUCGGAUGUCAAGCUGUCAACGCUGCAGUCACGAAGUCAGAAACCAAGGACCCCAACAACGACCACCAGACCGAACACGGAAUCAGAUACCCCAGAAUCGCUUCAUCGUACCAACGCAACAAUAUCCCAGCCAGCCGAUGAGACUUUGGACGGACAGUCGAUAUCUUUAUUGCAAUUAGACGCCAUUGUCACAGAUUUGGAGGCCUUGGACUCAUCAAGUAAUCUUCGUGCCGAGAAAGAGAGGAAAGCCAUUGGUUUACUUCGAGAAUUGUCCUCAGGGAAGGUUGAGGAGCCUCAGGAAAUUCUGUCAAGAGGUAUACGUCUCCUUCAGUCUGUUGCGACUUCACAGGAGUAUGAAAGUAUUCCUUCCAUCCUGGAGGCAGUUCGUCCUGUUUGUCAAGACCCCUGUCUACUUGCUGUACCAUUCUUCGACACUUUGAAACGGAACCCCGAUGUAGAGGGCGUUCGCCAUUUCAUAAGGAGUCUAUCGAGGUUCCAGCCACAUACGACCAAGACCAAGAAUGACAGAGAAUGGCUCACUCGAUUAUUGAUGCACAGCUGGAGGAAGUCGAAGGAUUUCACCGAAGUACAGAACAUUUACAGACUACUUGAAGAAAGUGGGCUUUAUGACAACGAUAUCUUCUCAGCGUCUGCACAGUAUGCAGUCAGGCGCCGUUUUAUCCUUAUUGCUCUUGACGCUGGCGAUGAUGCGACCGCAAGUGCUGAAAUGUCCCUCCUGUCCGAAAUGAGAUGCGAGCACUCUGGUGUUGAUGUGAAGCUUCGCGGUAGGUUCAUUGUCCGAGACGCAGAACUGGGACACUGGGACAAGGCCAUGCCUGAGCUUCAGACCUUUGGACCUAAAGCAAAGGAAUCAGACCAGUUUCAGAAAGUGCUCUCAUGGCUUACAAAGAUUUACUGCAAAUCCCAUACCCCUUCACAGGCGGAUUUAUUCAUCCGAGAUCUUGUUGAUAGCCACGGCAUGAUGUUGAAUAAACAUCUUGCUUUCUUCGUCAUGGACAAGCACGGCCGAACACGCAAUCUUCAAGCCCUGGUCGCAUGGGUGCAGUUCUGUCAGGACGGUGGACUGGAGAUGGAUCAGGUCUUCUUCAACGAGAUUGCCGACAAAUGCUGCAAAUAUUGGAGCUUGUCGAGGGUUGAUGUGGUUCGCAUGCUCAAGGACGCACAAAGCUCUAGGCCGUGGAUACAAGAUCCUCUCCUGACCAAGUAUGUGAGUGACGGUGCUUUGCAUGAUGUUCACAAACCUCUCCCAGGAGAAAAAGCGGAUAUCUUUAGACUUGCCCAGACCCUUCCCGAGAAACGAGGGGACUCAAUUGCCAUGUACGAGCGAGCAGUAUUCAAGCACAUGAACACUCUAGCACUCCGAAACGAUUGGAACGGUGUCUACAGCGUGUACCAAGAGGCGAUUAAGAAGAGCCUUGGCGAUUCGUCGCGAUGUCUUCGACUUGCUGUCGUGGCCAAUAUUCAUUUAGAGGGCCCCCAUUCGUCCACAGGAUCGAGGCUCAUCAAUGAAGCCUACAGCAAGAAGCAUGAUAUCAGUGGGGCUUUGGUGCCGGUGUUAGUCGCACAACUCGAGGCCGGCGAUAACGCGGGUGAGCUGCUUCAAGAGAGUCUCACCAAAGGUCAGCGAAUACACGACAGUGUCUACAACAAGGCCGCUCGAGUGCUUACACAGAAGGGUAACCCCGAGGCCGCGAUUCUGGUGUGCGAGGUAGCGGCACGAGAGAACGGCGAGGGUGAGCUGGCAUACAGCAAAUACAAUUUCGCCACCCUCAUCCACUCGUAUACUGGUCAAAGACGCUAUCAAGACUUGUCAUCACUGAUUACCAGCUUCAACUCGAAGUCUGAGUGGUGGCAGGGCAGCAAAGAGUGUAAAGAAUCAGUCAAGUUUGCAAUGAAGCAUGUGGCUUCGCGAGCGGCAAAGGACGAGAGAUACGAAGAAAUGUACACGCAAGUGCUGCUGCGUCUCGAGACUGCCUUUGAGCAUAUCAAGUGCAUGCGAGCGACAAAAGAAGAGCGAGAGAUUUUGACUAGAGAGGCUGUUGGCGCCUUCAAAAAGGCAGACGAGCCAACAGCAUUCGAAGGAGGGUUCUUUCCAGAGACACAAGCUGAACGACAAAUACCCAGAGAUAAGAGGAAUAUGGACUGGGAGUCGGCCACAAGGCGAGAUCCAGCACCUCAAAGCCUAAGCGAGACGAGGCAUCGCAUUGUCGAAGAUGAGUUACAUGCUCAAAACCAGAGGAUAGACGACAUUCGAACAGGACCAGAGAGAACGAAGCGAGAAACGACAUCACCGCCUCAAACGAGCGAGAGAGAAAUACUAUUAGAGAAACAAACGGCCGGAGCAAUGUCUUGA